GGCCAUCGGCAGCUGCGGCCACACGGCUCUUCACGAGUCCCACCCCGUGGCCAUCCUGCGAAGCGCAGACAGGGAGAAGCAAAACUGCACACCCAGUUCCUACAGCCGUCUCGCAGUCUGCAAGGUUGUCAUCAUUCUGUUCAUGGCUGAGUGCUGUCCUCCAGAUGGGGGCUCCAUUGCAGUGUCCCUUUGUUCCAGGUGCUCCCUGCAUUAGUCUCGCCCUGUGGCACUUGUGAAGUUGCACAGAGGUUGCCUGAGAUCACGCUCCUUUCCCUCUCUUUGCUCCCCACUGGUUUGGGGCUGUGGAGUUGGUGUAAACACCAGCUGGGGAUGUGGGCAAGGCCUGGACUCUCACCAGCAUUCAGGAGCACUCGAGCUGCACAACUCAGUCUCUAGGUGACAGUGCCAAGAGCUUGGACCUACGAGGAGCCUCAGUGCCCCAAGUGUGUGCCUAGUGCCUGAGGUGGCCUAAACACAGCCCCUCCUAUCUCCAAGCCCUGGCUCAAAUGGAGCAAGAGCCCCUCCUGCCUGAGAAGCUGUCUCACUGGCCAGUUGUGACAGUCUAACAAAUCCAGUGCCCUGAGUCUGGUAUCUCCUUUCCUGUAAUGACUUUACUCCCUGGUGCCUGGACUGGAUCGUCAUCACCAUGUAACUAGGCACCACCUGGUGUCCCUUUCAGUGACGCUCUUUCUAGGUGCAGGCAACAGGGCCCACAAGUGUUCCAGAGCCAAAGUCACAGAUACAGUAGGGCCCUACUGCCAGGAAGGACACAGUCACCUUCUAGCCAGAUGAUGCCUGUCCAGCUGGGGGGCUGUGGGUAUAGGAGUGUCUGCAGAGAUGCCUAUAGCAACUGGGGAGCUGCCUGUGUGCAUGCUAGCAUGUGGGAGCAGCCUCCACAAGGCCCUUGCUGCCCGUGGCCUCAGGCCCAUGUUCCCUGCAGGUUCUGUGGGGAGUGCCUCCAGCCGUGUCUGCAGGUGCCAUCCCCCCUGUGCCCGCUCUGCCGCCUACCCUUUGACCCCAAGAAAGUGGACAAGGCUGCCCAUGUGGAGAAGCAGCUCUCGUCCUACAAGGCACCCUGCCGGGGCUGCAACAAAAAGGUGACCCUGGCGAAGAUGAGAGUGCACAUUUCCUCCUGCCUGAAGGUCCAGGAGCAGAUGGCCAACUGCCCCAAGUUCGUCCCUGUGGUGCCCACAUCCCAGCCCAUCCCUAGCAACAUCCCCAACAGGUCCACCUUCGCCUGCCCCUACUGUGGCGCCCGCAAUCUGGACCAGCAGGAACUGGUGAAGCACUGUGUGGAGAGCCACCGCAGCGACCCCAACCGUGUGGUGUGCCCUAUCUGCUCGGCCAUGCCCUGGGGUGACCCCAGCUACAAAAGCGCCAACUUCUUGCAACACCUACUGCACCGGCACAAGUUCUCCUACGACACUUUUGUGGACUACAGCAUCGAUGAAGAAGCCGCCUUCCAGGCCGCCCUGGCCCUGUCUCUCUCUGAGAACUGAAGGUGCAGCCAGCCACCUGCCCCUAGUCUGGGGUCAAGGAUGCCCUCCUGCCUUGAGGGACAAAGCUGUUGCCCUCCUGUCCCGGCACCUGCACAGGAACACGCCUUGCUGGGACAGGUGGCAUCUCACUCCUGCAUGAGGAGAGCUGCCCAAGGCCCCAGGGCCUGGACAAUGGCUGGCUGGCCUUUGCCAUCAGUGGGGCUGCCUGUGUCCUGGCCGGCAGCGCAGGGUUAUUGGUGCUUCGAGGUUGCAGUGCUAGCCUGUUGGGUUAGAGCAGUUGGCUGUCUCCUCCAAGCCAUGAUGUGGAGAAGGAUGGGGGUUCCUGAGCUGUGCCUAGAGCCAGGGCAGUGGGAGGAGGAUCCCUGGCCGAAGCCGCCAGCCUUCCCAGGCAUCCGGCUAUGCUUCCACCGUGUGCAUUUGGUACUGGCUUUUGUGAUACUUAGAAACCCUGGCGUUUUUCUAUCUUAUCCUGUGUGAUAAUCUUUUCACAUUUUAUAGAGCAAAGACAAAGCAGUUACUCUUCAUAUUGCAAUAUCUGUGUUUGACUAGGAAGAAUAGUAUUUUUAUGGAACAUUUACAAAGUUAUAUUUUUUAAAAAAACAAUCAAAAAUAAGCUGUUGUGUGGGGUCAUGCAAAGAGGGAGAAGUGGUGGGGCACACCAGAGCCAGAAUGAGCCAAGGUUUUGCCUGUGUGUGGGGAUAGAGGUGGCGUCCCCAGGUCACACAUGGUUUGUGGGGCUCUUGUCAUUUGUUGGUUUCUCUUUUAUGACAACCAGAAAGAAACCCAGGACCUCUGGCUGCGUGCUAUGCUGCUCCUGGCAGUGCAGGAGCCCAUCCUGAUCCUGCCCAGGAGUUAACCAUGUCCACCUUAGGCAGGGACUGCCCCCCAGUGGUGGCAGAGCUCUGGGGGCCAGGCCAUAAAGCCCUGUCAGCACUCUUGUUCUGUUCAUGGCAUAAAUUAUUGCUGUCUUUUCAAAAAAGUUUAAAUAAAA